AUGAACCCAGAGCCGAAGCAACUAGUGGGUUCGGUACUCGAGCGUAAACCUGGCUCCAGGGCUUCUGGAUCUGGAACUUCGAACUCGAAACCUCUAUCGCGAUUCGCACAAUCACAAGCUGGAGGCUUCCCUGCUGCUCAGCAUAGAUCUCAGAGUGCUUUUGCACGUGGGCGUGCUGCGAAUACUGAGCGACUAGGACGCCCGCCUGGUGUGGCGGCGACAGCACAAGUGACUCCGAUCCCGUCGUCCUCUUCAGUUACACCGAAACCUUCGGAGAAUGGGGAAAUUUCUGGUGACUGGAGAAAAGAGGCGGUCAACGACGAGGAUGGAUGGAAGAAACAAAUGGAGGAGGAGAAUGCGCGCAGGGUUGAAGCGAUGAGCGAGGAAGAGAGGGCGCAAGAGCGGCUGGACAUUCUCGGGCGUUUUGGACCGGGAGUCGGAGACAUUCUUCGGAAAGCAAAGGAGAAACGCGAGAAGGAGAAUGCAAUUAAGAUCGACAUCACUCCAGGACAGGUCGAGAAGGCAGAAGAGCCAGACCUAGUCGAGGUUGCUCGUAGAGCCCGAUCCCGUUCUCCGCCCGCACCAAUUCUGUCUCGCGCAGGCUCUCGUGCAUCAAGUCCGACACCUGCACGAUCAAGUCGACGCAUCCGGUUCUCGGACGCACCUACACCCGUACACGUUUACGAGUCACAGCCGCCGUCGCCGAAGCGCCGUGCACUCGCUCUGCCCGCGCCGACGGGAAAUGACGAGGGUGUCGUCUCCCUCGGCACAUUUAAGGGCACGCUCGCUACGCCUUCGGUCAACGGACAUGGCAAUGCUCCUACGGAGCCAUCAAGCGACACUGGUCCAAGCUCCACGAGCCGCGUCGUUUCCCAAGAUCCAGAAGAGGGCACACCCGAGGACAUCCGAAGGCGUUUCUUCCCGCACAUGUCCGCCAACGACCCCGCGCUCGAAUGGAUGGCCGACCUCCCACCUGCGACCGAUCCUACCAGCGGUACUGACGAACUCCGCUUCGACCUGACCGGCACGCCUAUACCGCCCUCACUCGCGCAGAGCUUGCCAACGCAUCUCGGGCUGCAUCAUCAUGCGGAUAGUGCUGCAAGAGCGGGAUAUACGCUCUCGGAUGUCCUGUUGCUUUCGCGGUCGACUGCACCGGCGCAGCGUGCGGCUAUGCUUGCCGUACUCGCAAAGAUCAUACACCGAGUGGGCGAGCUACAGCGCACUGGUGCCGCUCAUGCCGAAGACGGGCUCGAGACGCUCCGUGGGAAAGAAGAGGACGUUCGCGGGCGCGCUGUUGCAGCCGGAGCUGCUGCUCUGGGUCCCUCCGGAGGUGUAGCAGCGAGGGCUGUAGACGUCCUAUGGGAGUGCAUCGUAGGAUGGGAUCCCGAGCUGGCAGAGAUGCGCGGUAUCGAGCUCCGCGCGCCACCUUCCGAGCCCGCCGCCGGCGCGGACGACGCGCCUCCACGGAUCACCGAUGCGCUCGCAUCACUCCCUCUACCGCCAUUUUUUGAACAGGCAGCAAGCGUCUUCGCAGCCGGCGCCCUACCAUUACCAUCCCUCCUCCGCCUCCUCGCCGUCGUCCGCCGUCUCGCACAGCAAAGUUCAAACUCAGCCUCAACAGCAGCGCACACGCCCAACCUGAUCCAAGCCAUCCUCCGCACACUCGUUCUCACUCCCUCAUCCGGAGAUGGAGCACAACCAGCGCCCGAAGCGAUAGAAGCGCUCACGAUUACAGCGGAGAUGUCGCGCGACGCGGCCUCGGAGCUUCGGAGCGCGGCUGAUGCGCUGUUGCGUUUCAUCGCUAUACCGCCGCCUGAUAGCGCGCAUCCUCGGGCGCUUGCUGAUGCACUGCUGGGAGAGACGCUCAGGUUCUAUGCUGCACUUGCGAGCUAUGGAUUUGGCGCACGUAUAGCGAGCACAGCGCAGGAACCUCUAGCUCGUCUAGCGGGUUACAUCGCUUCGCCGUCUGCACCCGCCAACGUGCGCGCGGCAUUUGCGACAUCGAUCGAGCGCUGGAUCAUCUGCGCUAUUGACCCACACGCUACAACUCCGCCGCACGAUAUCCGGUGGAGCCAGGUCAUUGCGUGGGGUUGGUCCGAUGAGCUGAGGACGCUGGGUCGGGUUAUGGCAGGCGAGGAGACGAAGGAUGAUGGGGCGUGGGCGACGCUACUGGCUGCGCAUGCUGCGUACCUUGAGGGCGAGAGGAUCAAUGGCGAGCGUGGAGGGGCGGAUGAACGGAGGGAUGCACUCGAGGGCGUGGAUGGGAUAAGGGCGAGCUUUGAUGGCGGUGCGGCGCAGAGAGUCGUGGUCAGGUCGGUGGAUGCGUUUGGGGUGGCAUUGAGUAGCGUCGAGGGGGCCGAAGAUGGGAUACCCUCGCGCGCGCAAAUGCGGGAUAUGGCGGCAUCGGCCGACGUGCUUGCUGCCGCACUCAGGCUAUGGCUCGCGUCUUGUCCACCUGAGCAAUCUCUUCCUCUUGAUUCUACAGCUGCCGCAUCUUCAUCGGAUACAAACGGCAACGAGUCGACGGCUUCUCCACCUUUCCCGCUCCCCUUCGCCGACUUGCGAACCCUUGUCCUCCGGCUGGUCAAGAGCCCGCUGCUGGACAAGUGCCACGACCCGAAAACACCGUCCUACGCGCACGUAUACGGCCGACGCCUCAGCGCGUUCUUGGCCGAGUUCGCCCUCGCUGAGCGGAGAUUGGCGCAUUUGAAACUCGCUGACGUCGAACGAGCUGAUGGCGAUGAUGCUACGUGGUUCGCCACCGCACUUGCGAUUCUGCCCCACCUCGGACCUGGUGACGAGGACGCAGCGCGCGGGCUCGUCGCGCAUGUCCUAGGAUGCAUCACCCCCGAGUUCCUCACGAGCAAGGACCUCUCCGCUCCACCGGCAAUCUGGGCUCGCCCAGGCCCUUACGGAGGGAUGAACGUCCUCAAGCCAUUCAUCGUUCCCGACGUCGUCAAUGCGUCAAGCGGCGAGGAGGAGGGCGAGGAGGCCGGCGGGGAGAUCGUUACCACGCCGCUUUCGCCCACGCCGCGGUCAGUCAAGAUGGCUACGACGCAGGUGCUAUCUGCGCCUUGGACGCUCAGCCGCCGUGGGGCCUUCGCUGCGCUACCACUACAUCGCGACUGGCCCCUCCUACCCCUCGAACACCUCCUUCGCUCCGGCGCCUCACCUGUCUUCGCGCCGGGCGGGCUCCCACGCGACUGGGACGCAGGCGCCGGCGAACCGGAGCUUGUGCGCGCUGCUUUGCUUCUUGCUCGUGUGGCGCGCGGGGCGCUCGUCAGCAAUGGAUUGGGUGCACUUGCGAUGAGCCGUGCGGAGGUUGUGUUUGGGUGUAUGAGGGUGUUCAUGCUUGAGCAUGGGACGAAGGGUGGCGUGCCGGUUGAAGAGGGUGGCGAGGGCGAAGUCUUCCGAGACGCGGUCGUCACGCGGUUGAUGGAGGAGCUCCUCGCGCCGUAUACGCUCGAACGAUCUCCAAGUGGUCUAGAUGCCGCACCCGCGAGGACAGAGAGUGCAGUAGACGAGGAGGAAGGACCCGCCCUCGAGGCAGCCGCCGUGCGCUACCUCGGCACCGGCACGCCGUUCUACCAGUUUUACACCGACUUCGUCGCGCUCUACGACGCGCUCUCGCUCGGCCACGCCGCAUUCGGCGCGCUCCUCAUCCCCUGCCUCUCUCAAUCAUACGCGGCGGACUAUCGGCGGCUCCUCUACGCCGAUCAUGCUCAAGCGCUCUCUGCCAUACACACGCUGCCGCAGCAUAUUCCCGCAGCUAGAGUGGGCCCGUUCCUCUGGCCAGCGGAGAAAGACGCGCAGGUGCUCGGUGCGCAGUUGGCGUUAGUCGUGGGCAAGAGCGGACGCGGGAAGCUCGGCGGUAUGCUGCGCUGGCUCGUCGUACAUCACGUCGCCGCGAACAUAUGGCCCGAUCUGCGCGAGGACGAAUCGGGAGAGGAGAGAGCGAGGAAGAUGUUGCAGGCUGUGGUCGACCAGGGUGGGUUUGAGGAUGUGAGGGAGGUGUGCGGGUACUGGCAGAGGAAGGAAGGCGGCGCGGUGGUGCCGGAAGAGUGUUUCAGCGCUGCGAGCGCGGAUGUGCGUGCGAGGAGGUUGGAGUGGGUCAGGAGUUGGGCGAGUGAGGGGGUUGCUGCUCGGCUAGCCGGAUUAUUGAGUGCUGGCUCUACUGGGUGA